AUGUCCAUUGGAGUCCUUCACCGUGGCCAAAUCAUUCACACCAAACAUCUCGGACAGCGCGAUAUAUCGACCGGAAAGGCGCCGCAGGAUGAUACGUUAUAUCACAUCGCUUCACUCACUAAGGUUCUAACGACUUGCCUUAUUGGGAUCUUGGUCGCCGAAGGAUUGUUGACAUGGGAAACUCCGAUCCGCGAAUACCUACACACAUUACGAAGUCGUUCCGAUGAGAUGGGCGUGAAUGCAACUCUAUGUGACGUUGCGUCUAACAGAACCGGGCUGUCUAGUUCGGAUUUCUUCUGGGGACAGCAGAAUGGAGAUAUUCUAACCCCAAAGAAUGACCUUGUGUCUCUAUCCACGGUCAUACAAGCUUCCAAACCGUUUCGGAGAUCUUUCAUCUACUCGCCUUGGAAUUAUAUUCUUAUCCAAGCGGUCAUUGAGACUGUCACUGGAAAGCCUUUUGGGCAAACGAUGAGGGAAAAGCUAUUUGAUCCGCUUGGCUUGCACCAAACUACUCUUGAAGGCCUUGAAGGAUCGAACAUUGCAUAUCCACACGCCGUGCAUGAUGAUGGAGGUGUUACAAGAACUCCAAUAUGCCCAUUUUCAUCUGAUACAGGCCUGACCGCAGUGAUGGGCGGUAAAAGUACUCUUCGGGAGAUGUUAACCAUCUACUCCGCGAUACUCUCAGCAUACGCACAUCAGAAAGAGAAUAAUGUCGACACUACUCCAGGAUUGCCUUUCACUUACCUUCGCUUAAUUUUUGAACCACACAUCCAACUCCGGAGGAACGUUCCAACUUCGUCCCAAGCUUACUGUCUUGGUGUAUAUCGUACCAUCCUCCCUGGGAACUUGUCCUGCGCUAGUCUCAACGCAUCUCUCUUGCGCAGAAGCGCCCCUACCUUCGGUAUUGACCUCCCCGGAACUAAGAUAUUUCACCAUACGGGUAAUAUUCCUGGCUAUUUUCACAGCAUGUUCCUGGAGACCGAGACCCAGAGCUGCGUUGUCUGCCUGUCCAACGCGACACCGUUCAUGGAUGCGACGGACUUCAGCGCGCAGCUUCUUCUUGGGACCUUACUGGGAUCUAGGAGCUUCCCUUCGUUCUUACCUCUCGCAAAGACCGCGAAACAGACACAGAUGGCUUGGUAUGAACAUCUGUCUAGGUACCUCUGCGCCAACAAGACUGAGCGCUUGCCUACACUACCAUUUGCCGCCUACUCCGGAAGAUAUAGCAACGCAAUGGGGAACUUUGUACUGGACAUCAUUUCGAUGAAGGCUGGUCUACGUGUAUAUGUGCAAAGCCAUUCUCUUACGACCUAUGAUCUUCUUCCGUACGACAGGGACACAUUUUACUGGGAAGCAAACAGGAACCGAGAGGUUUGUGACCGGGCGAUGUUUCCUGUCUCUGACUAUCAUACACGCUUAGUAAGUUUUCAUUUGGGUGCAAGGGGGGUGGAAAGUCUACAAUGGCAUUGCGAUCCGAUGGUGCAGCCCGAGGUAUUCCGUAGGAAGCUGCAAGCAGAAUCCACUAGACUGUAG